AUGAGUGUGAGAGAGGCUAUGGAGCGGUCUUUUAAUGGUAGCAAGAUCAUACUAAGGUUCAAAGAGGAACUGCAAGCAGUCGGAGAUGGAGCUGGCCUGUUGAGUGGCAUUCUAGGAGCGCUGGGUUCAGAUUACAGCAAAUUUCCUAUCUGUGAAAAGAGUUGGGCAAAGGUGCGGGGCAAAGAUAGGGUUUAUGAUGAUUUCAUAAAGGAGAUGUUCCACUUUCGGGAUAACAGUGGUAUAAUCAAGAAAACACUUUUGAAACAAAUGGGGAGGUCCUGGAAGGACACAGGGGGGAGGUUGUAUGACUCGCAUUACAAGCCAACAAGGACACUUGAGCAUAAUCUUGAGAAGCGCCCGCAGGGAAUUCCUAGAGAGCUUUGGAAGUGGUUCAUUGACUAUCGUAAUGAUCCUGCAACAAAGGCAAAAUGCAAGCAAAACGCGCUGAAUCGAAAGAAGCAACUUUACAUGCACACUGGCGGUUCUAAAAGCUUGGCUAGGACAAGGGAAGAAGAGAAAAAAAUAUCUGAGAUUGAGCAGUUGGAUGAAUCUACAAGAAUAUUGUCAGAAAAUGAUUCCCUUGCCCAAGCUCUCGGUAAAGAGCACCCGGGUAGAGUGCGUGGGAUAGGACACGGGCCGACACCAAGUCAACUCUUCCGUCCGAGGUCGCAACCGCCGGUGGAUAGAGCUCAAGUAGAAGAGGCCCAAAGGAUGCUGACUGAACUACAGGCGGAGGUGACAACCGAAAAAUUGAAGCGAAAAGCAAUAGAGGAUGAAUUAGCAGCAGAGAAAACAAAGAGGCAAGCAAUAGAGAGUGUGCUGAGUUAUCUGGUUCAACAGCAAUGUGGGGAGCUGCCUCCGGACAUCCUUGCACAGAUGAAUUCUCUGGAUGGACAUAGCGGAAAAUAG